AUGAACAAGAUAGUUGUCAAGAGGUCAAAUCAAUACAAGAUUUUGGAGGAACACAGGAGUGAGGAGGAGAGAUGCAAUGUGGACUGUCUGGUAACAGAUGAACAGCAUAUAGACUUACUGUGCCAAGAUGCAAUAGAAGACAAUCCUGUUGUAGACAGGAGGUACGGGGCUAGUCUGGGUGGGGUCAAAGUUCGCUACAAGCGGCAGGCACUUCAGGACAUGGCGAGGCCGCUGAAGCAGUGGCUGUACCAACACAGGGACAACCCCUACCCCACCAAGACAGAGAAGACCCUGCUCGCCCUGGGGUCCCACAUGACUUUAGUACAGGUCUCAAAUUGGUUUGCCAAUGCCCGGCGGAGGCUGAAGAACACAGUGAGACAGCCAGACCUGAGUUGGGCUCUACGUAUCAAACUCUACAACAAAUACGUUCAGGGCAACGCUGAGAGACUUAGUGUCAGCAGUGAUGACACCAACUCUGAGGACGACGAAUGUCCCUUACAAACUCCAGCAAAUCAAUCAGAGAUCUCCAGGCCCUCCCUCAAGAGUGUCAUCAAACAGGAGAAAAGGACUGAUCCCACCUACAGUGACGACUACAUCUCUCCACCGCCCAAGUACAAGAGCAGCUUGCUGAAACGGUACCUUAACGACACCCUAAGACACGUAAUGGCGACCACUGAUGACGUCGCAAAGUCCCGCCGCAGGAACCACUCAGGGUCAUUCAGCUCCAACGAGUGUGACGAUGACCUUGUCUCGCCCUCUUCCUCCGAGGCAGAGACACGCUUUGUCUACCCUAUGUACAUGAUGGACUUUGCAUCAACUAGAUGUGACAGUGAUGGGAAGAGUGAAAGAGGCCAGCGGAGGGAGGUGGCAGAGUGGAGGGAGAUCCACGCUGCCAUGGCUCUAUCUAACUUGGCCCAGGGGCAGAGCUGCGCCACAGGGCCCACCACCACCAGCUGUGCCACAGGGCCCACCACCACCAGCUGCGCCACAGGGCCCACCACCACCAGCUGCGCCACAGGGCCCACCCCCACCAGUUGCAUCAUCCAGAAGUCUUCCCACAUCUCCGAGAUAAAGACUGUCAAAGUGGUCUAGACACUGAUCACUCAAUGUCUAGACACUAUUUCCCUCUAGGAGCAGAUCUAGGAUCAGCUUCUCCUCCUCCAAUCCUAUCCUUAAUAAUUAGCGAGGAAAAUGCAAAACUGAACCAAGAUCAGCGUCUAGGGGCAUCUUCAACCUACACCGUCUGGACCAUGGCCAAUCUGGUCACUUGAAUAAAUUUGAAUUACAAAAGGCAACCUGUAAUUUAUAUUAUACGUUUUUACAACCUACAAUGUUAAAUUGUGGUAAAAAAUAUAUAUAAAUGUGAUUUUCAAGACUUAACACAAGUGUAGAGGGACUGCAGUAAAAAAACAGUGUUGACCAACUUUGCAAAGUUACCUACUCUGUCAAAGUGUUUCAACAUUUUCGAUUUUGAUGUGAGAGGAAUCUGAAAGGACAAAUUGCUACAUUGAUGUAAAUGUAAAUAUUUUUUUAUUUAACCUUUAUUUAACUUGGCAUGUCAGUUAAGAACAAAUUCUUAUUUACAAUGACGGCCUACCAGGGAACAGUGGGUAAACUGCCUUGUUCAAGGGUAGAAUAUGACAGAUUGCUUUUACCUUGUCAACUCGGGGAUCCAAUCUAGCAACCUUUCGGUUACUGGCCCAACGUUCUAACCACUAGGCUACCUGACGCCCCAAAUAUUAGAUAAAUAGCGUUGUAGCAGUAUUGGAAAAUAAUGUGGCAUCGAAGUCAUGAUAGAAUAGUAGCACAUUUCAGAGCAAAAAUAGAACUGAGGAUUUUUUCAAUACUAAAGACCAGUUUUCAUCAGUUUUCACCAUGAGGUGAACCCCCCCUUUGGUAGUCUCACCUCAUGGUCUGGGUAUGAAGCCGCAUGCUUCCCAGACUAACAGGUUCGGAAGAGUUUGUAUAUACAUUAUACGCCAUUUUGUGACAUUUUUGUUUGUGUUGGACUCCAGUAAGAGUUUUUUUCAGAUUUUCGGGCACAUUUAAAAAAACAUUUUUUUUAUAGAGGCCACCCGAAGUUAAGGACUCAAAGUUUUCGCACCUUCUUCCGUGAUUGGUCAACUGUAGGGAUUCUUUAAUUAAGUCUUUGUUGUCAUUCAACGAGAGAGACGACUUGUUUUCAUGCACAUUUUUUCAUUGAGAAAUACAGCACCAAACAUCUUAGUAAUUGCGUGACUAUGAUCUCCACGGCAAACACGGCAAAAUCAAUGACCGAUUUCUUGAGUUACUGUAUCGUAGAUUCAUUCUGACUCAUUUUAGGAAGUGUAUAUUGGCUACAGCUUCUCAAAAUGGCCAAACAGUACUAUUUUCUCAUUUUUCAAGUGAAGGUCUUCAGUGAGUUUACGAGCACACUCGUUUGGUUAGCCUAGCCGACUUUGGCUAGCCACCAGUCGAACUGAAGCACGUCCAAGUAACCACAUGACUUUAAUUAUGCUGAAAAGGGGAGCAGAGACAAUGUUGUGCCAACCUGAUUCUUGCUUCUUUGGAAUGCUGCUGGCUUCUUCUUCCAAGACGGACAGUUCCACCUACCAGAUAACCUACAGUUCCUUCAGAAAGUAUUCAUACCCGUUGACUUAUUCCACAUGUUGUUGUGUUACAGCCUGAAUACAAAAUGGAUUAAAUAUUGAAUAUUUUCUCUCACCCAUCUACACACAAUACCCCAUAAUGACAAAGAUAAAAUAUAUAUUUUUUGAAAUGUCCACAAAUGAAACUCAGAAAUCUAAUUCACAUAAGUAUUAAGACACAUAAGACACUUCAAAUUGAGCUCAGGUGCAUCCAAUUUCCUUUGAGAUCUCAUUACAACUUGGGAGUCUACCUGUGGCUAAUUUAACUGGUUGGACAUGACUUAGAAAGAAACACCCCUGUAUAUAUAAGGUCUCACAGUUGACAGUGCAUGUCAAAGCAGAAACUAUAUCAUGAAGUCCAAGGAACUGUCCGUAGAUCUCCCAGAUAGAAUUGCGAUGAGGCAUAUACUGUAUCUGGGGAAGGGUAUAAAACAAUUUCUAGAAUGUCGAAAAUCUCCAAGAGCACAGUGGUGUCUAUCAUUGGGAAAUUGAAAAAAUAUGAAACAACCCAGAAUCUGCCUAGACCUGGCUGGACAACCAAGCAAGAAGGACCUUGGUCAGGGAGGUGAUCAAGAACCCAAUGACCACUCUGACAGAACUACAGAGUUCCUUGCCUGAGAUGGGAGAACCUGCCAAAAGGACAACAGUCUCUACAACAUUUCAACAAUCUAGGCUUUAUGGGAAAGUGGCCAGAUGGAAGCCACUAUUGAGAAAAAGGCACAUGACAGCACGCCUGGAGUUUGCAAAAAAAGGCAUGUGAAAGACAAGAGAUCAUAAGACAAAAGAUUCUCUGACCUGAAAGCAAAAUGCCUGGAAAUAAAACAGGCACAGCUCAUCAUCCGUCUAACACCAUCCCUACUGUGAAGCAUGGUGGUGGUAGCAUUAUUCUAUGGGGAUGCUUUUCAGUGGCAGGGACUUGGGAGACUGGUAAGAAUUUUUUUUAAAACUAUAAAUGAAUAGAGCCAAAUACAGGCAUAUCCUUGAUGAGAACCUGCUUCAGAAAGAAAGAAGCAAACGACCUUAGACUGGGGUGAAGAUUUACAUUCCAACAGGACAAUGACAGCAAGCAUACAGCCAAAGCAAUGAAGCAAUGCUGGAAUGGCUUCAGAACAAGAAUGUGAAAGUCCUUGAGUGACCCAGCCAAAGCCCAAACUUCAAUCCCAUUGAAAAUCUGUGGAAAGAUUUGAAGAUUGCUGUCCACUGACACUUCCCAUCUAAUUUAACAGAGCUUGAGAAAAAUCUCCAAGGAAGAAUGGGAGGAAAAUCCCCAAAUUCAGAUGUGCAAAGUUGAUACAGACAUACCCCAGAAGUCUCAAAGCUGAUACAGACAUACCCCAGAAGUCUCAAAGCUGAUACAGACAUACCCCAGAUGACUCAAAGCAGUAAUCGUAGCCAAGGGUGCUGCUAAAAAACGAUUGACUCAGGGGUGUGAAUACUUAUGUAAAUGUGAUAUCUUUAUUUACAUUUUCAAAAACUUCUAAAAACCUGUUUUCCCUUUGGCAUUAUUGGCUAUUGUGUGUAGAUGGGUGAGAGAGAAAAAAAAAUGGAUUUAAUAUAUUUUGAAUUCAGGCUGUAACACAACAACAUAUGGAAUAAGUCAAAGGGGUAUGUAUCCUUUCUGAAGGAACUGUAUACUACAUGGUUAACAAGUCUCAUUCAUUCACCACUUCCUGCCUUAUAGUAUUUCUAUCGGAUUGUAAUGUUUGAGCGAUAAAAAAAUGACAUGGGGGGGGGGUCAAUGUGUGUAUUUCUUUAUUGUAACCGUGAGAUAUAUUUGAUUACAUGAGAACUGUGUUUUUGACGAUUGACUAUUUAAGAAAAAUUCUCAAUUCUCCAAAAUUCUCAAUGACUUGUUAUACUCACUUUUAAAAGACUGGAUUUGUAUCCUAGGUAUAAAUAUUAUCACAACAUAGCAGUGGAAAUACUUUUGAAAUAAUACAUUUGAUUAAAUAAAUGUGA